UUGGCUGGGAUUGAUGACGUAGCAAGAACCAUCAAUGUGGGCUUUUUUCCCAUCUGUGUGCUUGUAGGCAAGUCUUCCUUAAACUGUUUACAGCUACCGGUACUUGUAAGGCUGUGAGGCUGGUGUAACCAAACUCCAGCCAUACAAUAAGCCAACUAAGUAUAACCAUUUGACUGGUGGAACUUGUCUGACAGAGUACUUUGCAUCGUUUGUGAGUAGGAACAACGUGAAACGCUACAGUACUAAUGGUAAAAAUGACCUGAUAUUUCCAAGCAACACCUACUAAGACCACUAGGAGGCAGAAUUUCUCGCCUCAUCAUCAUAAAUCGAUUUUCGAUUGGCGUCUUUGUUUCGUUGUCAAAUUUAUGAUCUCAGUGUAGCAACGAUUUUCAGACAGAAAUUUUACUUUACUUUAAUAUUAUGUUACCUUAGAAAAAUCGUUCCUGAGCACAGUUAGGCAUCUUAGUUAUAUACAAUUUAUUAAAUAUUAUGUUUUGGUCGAAUCAACUUGUUUGCUCUGUGCUUGGAAUAAACAGCCUUUCGGACACAUGGAAAGCGCGUGACUCCAUGUGGCAAUCUUGUGAGUGCAAGCGCGCGCCCUUUAUAAGUACGUGCGCGUGGUCGCUAUGCGUUUUUCAGUAGGGAGUAUCAGAUGAGGAGCGCUCAGUUCGAGGCGUGACAACGGAGGCGCGUUCCUGUGUUCACCGGCUCUUGCACUGAGAGAGAGAGAGAGCAUCCUCGAAACACUGGCACACAGCUUCUUCUGCCCGGAUAUCGAAAGAGGACAACAGGGAAUUUAGAGGUUAAGUUGAAAACAACCAGAAAGAACGGAGGAGGCUGUGCGCCAAGGAGCCAAGGAGCCAAGGACAGACGUGCAUCCAUCCUUGCAGCAGCAAUAGCAGCAGUGGGGGUAGCAUCGAGAACAGAUUCGGUUUUUCUUGUCGGUUGCCCGGUGCUCCACACACCCUGUACCUUUGAACCAGCAGAGGGGAGGAGAGGAGGACCAGAGAGGAGGCAGUGCAGAGAGGAGGAGCACCAUGGAGGGGAUGCAGGCAUACGGAGCCGGGAAAGCCGGAGGAGCCUUCGACCCCGUCACCUUCAUCAAGCAGCCUCAGACCAUUCUACGCAUAGUGUCUUGGCUCUUCUCCAUUGUGAUCUUUGGCUGCAUUGCUAAUGAGGGCUACAUCAACCGCCCCAAUGAAGUGGAGGAAUACUGCAUCUUCAACCGCAACCAGAACGCCUGUAACUAUGGCGUCUUUAUGGGCUCCAUGGCGUUCCUCUGCUGCAUGGCCUUUUUGGCUCUGGACGUCUACUUCCCCCGGAUCAGCAGCGUCAAAGACCGCAAGAAGGCUGUGCUGGCUGAUAUAGGGGUGUCAGCGUUCUGGUCCUUCAUGUGGUUUGUAGGAUUCUGUUUCUUGGCCAACCAGUGGCAGGUGACCAAACGUGAGGACAACCCACUGAGGGAGGGAGGGGAUGCUGCCAGAGCAGCCAUCACCUUCUCAUUUUUCUCUAUCUUCACCUGGGGCACGCAGGCUCUCUACUCUAUGGAGAAGUUAAAGAAUGUGUCUUUUGAAGAGGAAUACACCAAACUGUUUUCCCCUCAGCCUCAUCACUCUUUUGUCUGACUCUGCUGUCUUCUACCUCCUCCUGCCUUAACUCUGUGCAGUUGGUUCUACAUGCUCCUUUAGUCAUGGCUGCACUUGUUUUAGGGCACCCGGUAACAUCAAAUACUGCUGGAAGUGAGUGUAUUUGUAACCCAGCAAUAAUAAGAACCAUUAUACCUUGGCAUAAGAUGUUGCUCAAGAAUUUAGCCUACAGUAGUUAAAUAACUUAUUUCCUGACCCAUGCACAUUAUAAUACUGUAUAUGUGCUGGUGAGCUGAUUCAAUAUUUGAUCAAUAUCAGUGACUCAACAAUUACAUUGAUAAAUGCUGAGGCUUCUGAUCUAAAACACCUACUUACAUUCCUGAAAUCAUUUUUGUAAGAAGAGUUUCUGCCAUUUUAAAAUUUGUCUAACUAAAAGCUAAUAUUACAUAUUCAUGUAGAUUUUUUUCUUGAUAAAAGAAGCCAGAAGAUGAAGAAAAGCAUGCAAGCUAAAUGUUGGCCACAGAACCGUAUGUGUUCUCCAUCUGCUGCGUGGUUCUCUGUUAUGGUUUUUACUUCAUAUAUACAGCAGGGAGGUCAGCUGUUUGUCACAGAGGUAGCCAGGUGUAUGACGUGUAGGCUACACACUUUGUCCAGCUUCACCACCAAACCUGGAGCCCUUAAACAAGUACAGUCAUUAACUACAAGGCAGGCUGCUUCAUUCUCAUCAUUAACACGAAGGUUUACAAAGUCACUGGUGCUUUGUCUUUGUGCUGAAGACUUCUUAAUAUCAAGAGCAAAGGUUCUAUAUAUAUAACAUUUUAGUUUUAAUGAGUUUUUAUAAAUUUGCCACACUUUACUGGUUAAAACAUGGUCACUAAGUUUUUUGCAUUUGUUUUGGUUUUUGAUCAAGCGACAUUCAAAACCUUUUCCUCAACCUCCUGACACCAUACAGUAGAAAGGAAUAGUUUGAUAUUUUGGGAAAUACAUUUACAGUAUGUCUCUUUGCUUUCUGGUGAAGAGUUCAGUGCAAAGACUGAUGUCACUCUUAUGAAGCUACAGUUAGCAGGUUAGAUUUUCUAACCUUCUGACCAAGCCAGGUAAACGGUUUUCCUUUGUUUUCAUCCUUAUGCUAAGCUAUGCUAACUAACCACUGGCUCCAGCUUGAUAUCACAGACAGACAGGAGAGUGGUAACACUUUUUGUCAUCUAACUCUCUGCCCAAAAGUGAAUAAACAUAUUAAACACUCCUUACUCCUUUAAUUUCUUCAGUAUUGUUUAUAAGAUUGUUCCUCUAACUAUCCAUGCACAGCCAUACUUUCCAUUUCUUUGUUAUUUUAUGAUGUUUUGUAGGUUUUUAUAUCAUUUUUUAGAUUGACUUCAAAGUUGGGCAGGUGUUUAUGACAGCUUUACUGCAUAUUGAUUGGAUUUUUAUGGAUUCAAACUGUGCAUGUUACUGAGCCCUUAAUAAGUAUUAUUAUGACUACUAUACAAAUAUAUUCCAAUUAAUUCAUAUGAACAAAAAUCUGAAAUAAUCAGGGUUCAGUCUGUAAGAUGUGUUGUCGUUUGUGUCAAACAAGGGCUGGGGUAACUACAGGUUUUCUAAAAAUGUAUCAACUGGUUUUCAUUUUAUGCGAGUGAUCACCCUGAUAUUAUGUAUAUGAUCAUUUGAGGAACGAUAGACCUGAGAUAGAGUUGUGUAUCCGACAAAUUAUUCAAGCAGUCUUUUCUGCAACAUCUGAAUGAGCGGAAACACAUCAGUAGAUAAAACCUUGUCGUGCAAAUUCCCAGAACUCUGAGCUUUGCAGUCUCUCUGUGGUUUUGUCCCUCUCUAUGAGUGCCUGUGUUUGCUUUGUGUACUCAGGGUGUCUUUGGCUUCCGUUCAUUGUUGCCUUGAAACAUCUCUAAUUAUUGACUAAAGUGAGAUUUGUGGUGUUUUAUGGUUCAGCUGUUUAAUAAUGUACACAGACUCAGUUUAAUUGCACUGUGGACUAGUCUGCUGUUUCUCACUGAGGAGCUGAACAGUAGAUAAAUGGCUGUUUGGCACUGUGGCCUAUAGAACCUGCUUUGACUGACUAAAUGACUCACACAAACUAUCUAAUAAGUUUCACAAGCUUUCCAGCCAAAUAAUCAAUGUUUCCUAUUCUCUCUUUGUUUUCUCUCUUCCUCCAAACCUUCUGCUCUAACACUACCUCAACUCUGCUUCAACAUCCAUCCCUACACCAUUCAAUCACCAUCUGUGCACCUUCUUUGCCUUCUCGCCCCCCUUGAUCUCUGAUCAUCUG